UGUAAUUUGUAAGCUUCGAAUAGUAAAUUGUAACUACUUUCAUUUCUCGAGAGAAAAGGUAUAGUUGAAAACCGCAAACGAAGGGAACAGGUUCCGGUCGGUCAGCACAUGCGUUAUCGUGUUUGUGAAACCUACUCUGUCAUCUCCCUCUUCUCCCACCUGCACACACGAAAUAGCAAAAGCCCAGAUCGAGAUUCUUGUCGGAAACUCUGGAAAUCGAUCCGCCAGCGGAGGCGGAGGGAGAGAAAUGGCGAGUACCAGUUUGGAGAGUUUGGAUCAGCUUCCGGUUACCGUGCUCUGUUCCAUCAUGGCGAAGCUCGACAUUUCCGCAAUUCGCUCCUUGGCUGCCACAUGCAAGACCCUCAACUUCUGUGCUUCUCUUACCCUCUCGUUCCUCCCCAAUUUCCACCUCCUUGAUAUUUCACCACCCAUGGAAUUGAUUAGGCCUUUAUUGCCACCAAAUCCUUACCUUAGGAGCCUAAAGCUUGAUUGCAGUCAGCUUAAUGAUUCAGCCACUGAGCUAUUAUUACGACCUUCUUUGCACAACCUAUGCUUACACAAUUGUGCAGAUUUCAGUGGAAAGCUGCUUUCUGAAAUUGGUGGACGGUGCAAGGAGCUAAGGUCUCUUUACUUGGGUUCAGUGGCUGAGAAAAGGGGUCGGGCAGUUCAUAUUUCUGAUCUGGAAGAAUUACUCAGUGGCUGCAAUUGUUUAGAAGCACUGGUGCUGAUGUUUGAUGUGUCAUUAUUCCUUCCCCACAAUUGUGCUCGGGUUUGGGCUUUGGCUUCAGAAAGACUCACUUCUCUUGAGAUAGGCUACAUUUCUUCAGAUACAGUGACCGAACUCCUUAGCCCAAAUAUUGGACUGCAGUCCUCAAAUGACAUUCGACCAUCCGUACUCCCAGGCAUUCAGAAGCUAGCACUUUCAGUUGACUAUAUUACUGAUACUAUGGUUGGUACAAUAUCAAAAGGUCUCAUCUCGUUGACACAUUUGGAUCUUCAUGAUGCACCCCUCAUAGAGCCAAGAGUUACAAUUGACCUUACCAACACCGGCCUUCAACAGAUUAAUUAUCAUGGAAAAUUGAAACACCUCUCUCUGGUUCGAAGCCAGGAGUUUGAAAUGACCUACUUUAAACGAGUUAAUGAUCUUGGGAUUCUUCUAAUGGCUGACAAGUGUGCCAACAUGGAAAGCAUUUGUCUUGGUGGCUUUUGCCGUGUGACUGAUACAGGUUUUAAAACGCUAUUGCAUGCUUGCUCUAAGCUGUACAGGCUUCAGGUGUCAAAUGGAUCCCAAUUAACCAACCUGGUUUUUCAUGAUAUAGCUGCAACUUCUCUUUCAUUGACACACGUUUGCUUGAGAUGGUGUCAUCUUCUAACCAAUCUUGCGAUUAAGAAAUUGGUUUCCAAUGUGGAUCUUAAAGCUCUUGACCUAAGAGACUGCAAAAACCUUGGGGAUGAGGCCCUACAAGCUAUCAGCUCUCUCCGUAAGUUGAAGAUUUUGAAGUUGAAUGGUUCUGACGUUAGUGAUGCUGGAGUAGCAUACUUGAAACAUGGAAUUAUAGUCUCAUUAGUCUCAUUAUCUCUUAGAGGAUGCAAGAGACUCACAGAUAAAUGCAUCUUUGCUCUAUUUGAUGGCUCUUGUAAACUGGUGCUGCAACAACUGGACUUGUCCAAUAUCCCUAACCUCUCUGAUGGUGGAGUUCUAGCACUUGCAAAAAGUCGGGUCCCAAUUUCUGAACUCCGGUUACGGCAAUGCCCACUCAUAGGUGACACUUCAAUAAUUGCACUGGCCUCAAUGCAGGUUGAUGAUGAUAGAGGUCAUGGUAGCAGUUUAAGGUUGCUGGAUCUUUACAACUGUGGAGGAAUCACGCAGCUGGCAUUCAGGUGGCUGAAGAAACCAUACUUUCCAAGGUUGAGAUGGUUAGGAGUGACAGGAAGUGUGAAUAGAUUCAUGGUCGAUGCUUUAGCUAAGAACAGGCCAUUCUUGCAUGUUGCCUGCCAUGGUGAGGAACUCGGAACUGAUCAAUGGGAUGAAUGGGAUGACUCAUUCCUCCACGAUUAUGAUGAGAUGGAUGAGCUCGAAAGGUGGCUUCUGGAAGGAGAAAGUGAAGAUGAAGAGAUGGAGGAUGCUGAAAACUUGGCAUGAUGGUGUGAUUUGCUGUACCUGUAUCACUUGUUCUUCUAGCUGUGUUGGAAUAAAUUUGCCUGUUAAACAUUUCUGCUUGUGUUGUAACUUUGCAAUAACUUCUCUAUAGUUUUCAGUGUGAAGAAGGAAAAGACAUAUGCAGACGUCUGCCCUUUAUUUACAAACCUGUAAUCAUGAAAUAGAAAGUUGUGGAGGUAGUGAUGCGGCUGUGGCAUCUCUUCUCUCCUUUCAUUAUUAUUGAGGUCUAUAGUUCGAAGAUAGUUG